AUGGCAGUGUUGCCUCCAUUUAUACGAUCGCUUUUGAAAGCGCAUUCGUUCCUCUCGUCGUCGUUGAAUGCCCCGGUUACUUCUAAGGAAGCCAUAAAGGCAUAUCUCCAGGUGCGAAAUGCAGAGUUCAAGAGAAGACUACUACUAUCGCCAAACCCGAUCGUCGAGCCUGGAUUAUCUGUUCUAUUGAAAGAUAUACCGAAACCAUUCCAAAGUCACAUACAAAGUAUUUUCGAAAAACCAAUAAUUGAGAAGGAAAUGGAACUUCAGGACAUCCUUGUCGAGAACACUACGGGUGAGGCAGACAAGGGUAACGAGGGCCCCAGUGACAUUUACUGUGACCCCAGCGCACCAAUUGCAAACACUAAAGCACUACUUAGGAAAACCGGAUUCUCAACGCAGGUGUUUCAAGCUGUUUUCUCCAACCAUUACCCACUUCAACCAGACCUUGACGAGUCCUUGCAUAAGUCUUCCAUAGAGUGGACUGAUAGGCUACUUAAAGAUACCCCAUUUAUGUUCAUAUUAAAGCAAACGCACAGACUAUUCUCAGACAACUCUUUGAACCAGAUAAACCCACUGAGAGUGCAGUUUCAGAAUGAAUUGCAGAAGCUAGCGGCCAUUAGCUCCAAGUCAAGUAAAAUUCAACGUAGCUACUAUUUCUGUAGUAUGUGGAACUUGGCAGUGUUUAAUAGGUGCCUAGGUGGAGAAGACGAUCCCAUGGUGCAAGAACUACUCAGAGAGAGAGAACUCAAGGUGACUGAUGAAUUUUUCGAGCCGCUUUCUCUCAGUGAAGAGGAUCUUAACCAACUUACUGUCAACGAAUACCCAGGAGAUCGACGGGAUAUCCCAUACGACUUGAAAUACACAUCGUUUUCUGUUGCAACUAUAGAAAGGAAGAUCAGGAAGCAGGAUCACACGACCUUUUUAAAGUUGCUAGAAGAGUAUAAAGACGAAUUUGAGGUUAUCGGAGUAAGGUUCUCAUUGAAUUCAAGUUGGAUCAAAAAGAAUCUUCAAGAUGCAAGCAUUCUUGGAGAAGAGAAGGUACAGGCUAGCCACGGCUCAUACGAUGACAUGUUAAGCAAUAUAAAGAAGGUAGAGGAACCUUCAAACUUCAAGCAUCUAUUGAAGGGAUUAGGUGAAUUGGGUUUGACUGAAGUAAAGCAGGGAAAAGACUGUCUUUACUUGGUAAGGGAAUAA